AUGGCAGAAAAUCCGGAAGGACAGAAUGACAACAACAACAAGAGGACCCUUCGAGACAUGAUGUUCCCAAGCAACCUGAAUCUCAGGCCGUCAGCAAUAGUGUUACCCGAGAUCACUGGAAAUUGGGAGUUGAAGCAUACACUAAUCCAAAUUUUGCCCAAGUACAGUGAUAUGCCCGGGGAAGACCCUCAAAGACAUUUACAAGACUUUGAGAUGACGUGUGGAACAGUGCGCACCGCAAGUCUAGCCCUUGGCGAGUACAUCCGACUCCUCACUUUUCCGUUCUCUCUAUUAGAAGGAGCGAGGGAGUGGUUGUACGAUUUACCCGAAGGAAGCAUUCGGACCUGGCAAGAGCUGCAGAGCAAGUUUUUAGAGCGAUACUUCCCAGCCGUCCGAAUCCAGAAUUUGAGGACUCGAAUAAGUAACAUCAAAAUGGGGACGGGAGAAAUCCUCUAUGAAUACUGGGGAAGGUUCAAGCAGAUGUUGGCCAAAUGCCCACAACACCAAAUACCGGAUCAUGAUCUUAUUCGGUAUUUCGUGGGAGGACUCCGAAAACAAGAUAGGCAAUGGUUACACGCUGCAUGUGGAGGAUCAAUCUUAAACAAAUCUGCAGCGGAAGCUUUCAAGCUCAUAGCGGACAUGGCAGAGGAAUCGAGAGAUGAGGAAGGGACUAUAGUCAGAACUACUCCGGUGCCGGCUCCUUCUGCCCAAGACGAAAAGUUGGACAAGCUUUGCAACAUGUUCGAGAAAUUUAUGACGAACCAAGGAACACCCAAUCAAGAGAUUCCCAACAUUCGGAAGCCUGUGAAGCCAGGAGGAAACAACGGAGGGCAGAACCAGAAACCUUUUGAGUCCUACAGGCAGCAGUACAACAAUCAAGGAUGGAGGCAACAUGAGAAUCUUAGGUACGGCAACAACAACUUUUUGGGGCCAAACCAAGGGCAGACGAGUAACCCACCACAAUACUCGCAACAACCUCAACAGGGAAGAGGAUCCUCCCUAUCAGAGCUCGUGCAUCAAAUGGCCCAACAACAAAUGAAGUUCCAGCAAGAGACCGAAAAAUUCAUAAUGGAGACGAGAGGAGGAAUGCAGAAUGUGAACUCCCAACUAUCACAUCUUGCCCAAGCAGUCGCCAGACUUGAAAGCAAACAAGGGACACUCCCAUCCCAAGUGGAGGUGAAGAAGGUGAAUGCCAUGACACUCAGAGGAGGAAAUGAGUUACCCGAGGUUGAUAAGGAGAAAAACAAAGAAAAGCCGGAGAUCAACGAGCAAGUCGGAAUGGGAUCAGCAGAUGAGGAAGAAUUCGCCCAAGAGAAAGAGGCAAAGCGAAAGGCGACAGGGAAGGGUAAAGAGAAAUCAAGCCAGACUGAGCCCAGACUCCCCUUCCCAGACAGAAUGGCCAAGGAACAAGAGAAGGAAGAAUUAACCGAACUGGUUAAAAUCUUCAAGAAGGUAGAGGUCAAUAUACCCCUUUUGGUCGCGCUACGCUCUAUGCCCAGAUGUGCAAAAUUUCUCAAAGAACUCUGCACUCGGAAGGUCAAAUACACGGAUGAUGCGAAAUUUUAA